AUGGCGUCCAGACAAUCUCAAAGACGAUUAAGCAAAGAAUACAAGUCGAUCCAGACGACCCCGCCGCCGUUUAUAACCGCAAAGCCCAAUGACGAAAACAUCUUGGAAUGGCACUAUAUAAUAACGGGACCAACAAAUACCCCAUUUGAACUGGGCCAAUACCACGGAAUGUUGCGUUUCCCUCAAGAAUACCCGUUCAAGCCUCCUUCAAUAUCGAUAAUCACCCCCAAUGGACGCUUUGCCACGAACCAGAGAUUAUGUUUGAGCAUGAGUGAUUAUCACCCUGAUACAUGGAACCCCGCCUGGAGCGUAGCUACGAUUUUGACUGGGUUGCUUAGUUUCAUGACCGGCGACGAGUCCACUACUGGCUCUAUCACGACUUCGGAUAACGUUAAGCGGAAACUAGCUCGGGAAAGCUUGCAAUGGAACAUUAAGGAAAACCCCAGGUUCACCAAACAGUUCCCCGAUGUAGUUGUGCUGAACAAGCAGGAGUUGGCUAAACGAGCCCAGGCUGAAGCCGAGGAGAAGUUGAAAGCGUUGAAUAGCAGUAAUUGUCACGGCGGUGCUGGCGGUGCCGGCGGUGGUCGUGGAGGUGGUGCCAAUUUGGGGAUGUACCAGGAUGGUAUUUUGGCGGAACAGCCUAUUGAUUUUUCACAAUUAGAUAAAUUAGAUCCGGAGGAUAGAGCUAGAAUUCUUGUUGAGCACGAAAAGAGAAUGGCGAUGUUGGAAACUGCUGCUGCCUCAGCUAAUCAUAACGGACUUGUUAGAAAUUUGUUGAGCGGGGGUGGCAUAUUGGGAUUAGCGGGUGUUGCUAUUGCUGCUGUCAUUGCGGCAUAUUUCAGUAUACUUAGAAGAGGUUAA